GUCAACUGUUAAAAAAAAAUACACAAAACAAAGGCAUUAUCAAUUUCUCCAAGAAAACUACACACAUUUUGCCAUGAUUAUUCUAUUUCUUCACCUUUCAUUUUCCUUCAAUUCCUGGAUUUCUAUAUAACCCCCAAACAACAAACAACAUUGUUUCGUCUUCCAAGUUCCUCCAACUCAAUAAACACACUGACCCCUCCAUUGUAGCUCAAGUUUCCAAGGUGCAACAAUUGAUCACGGUGGUUAGAGCUGGUACAAAAGGGUUUGUACAGGUUGAUGAUAUACACUUCAAGAACUAUCCAGACGUCAUCUCUUCCUUCUUUUAAACUCAAAUGAUACACCUCCCUCAGCUUCACUGAUUAUUCUCCCAACACUAUAAGCAUCAUCAAUAUUAGCUGGAUUUGGAUCCGUACUUCUUUUUUUGGUAUGCAUUUUUGCUUCUUCGUUUUCAAAACAAUAAUCCUUUCAAUCUAUUAAAAAAAAUACGAUUUUUAUUUUGGGACGGAAUAUGUAUACCGAGCAUAAUGCAUUGCACUUGUGUGUGUGUGUAUAUAGAGCUUGAUAUUGUUUUAUGUUUUGUCCCAAUUUUCUGUUAGGAUUUGAAGCGCCCCUUUUGACGUAUUGUCAUUUUCUCUCUGCUUUGGUAGGUGAUAAUUAGUACUCCUUUUGUAACAAAUGGAUGGCUUGGAAUUGGAUUGGGUUGGUUCUUCAGCUUCGUGGGAGAAUCCUCCAGUGCAACAGCAAUUCAACUCCACAGCAAUACAAGACAUUUUCCAUUCAAUUCAACUCAUCCACAAAAACAACAGCAAACCUCCAGGCAAUCAAAUGUUUCAGCAAAAUUCAGCACCAGCAUUUGAUCAUCACCAUCAUCAUCAGAUUCAACCCAAUAUUUCAAGCUGGAAUCUUCCUCAACAGAAAGAUGCAACAACAAGAGGAGUACCUGAUCAGAUAUGUUCAGAUGAUUUCAUGAUGAACCAAUUCAGCAGCACUGGCCUAAUAGUCUCCGGCGACUCCCUCCAGGAAGCGAAAGCCGGAUUAAUAAGGGCCGCGAGAACGACAACGGCGGCUACAAGAGGAGGAGCCCUUGAUUGUUUGAUUUCAGCAUCAAGCAGCAACACAGAAAACAACAACAACAACUCAGUUCAUGAAGAUAAUCAUCAUGAUGAUCAUGAAUUUUCCAUGAUUUUAUCAGAAUACAACAAAAACCUGUGGAAUUUCCAACCCUUCAAUACUGGCGUUUCAUCAGGUGAAUCUGCCUGUAACACUAUAAACGAACUUGAUGAAACAGCAUCCCACAAUUCAACAGGCCAAUUAACUCAUCAAAAACCUUCCACCAAAAGAACCAGCGAAACCCUACAACUCAAACCCGAUAUUAAUUCAGCAACCGAGCAAGCCGCCACUACUUUCCAGCUUAUUUCAGAUCAUGAUCAAAACCCUCCAAAAUCCAAAAAGCCCAGAUCAGAAAAACGCUCAAACAACACUUCAUCAUCAACAAACACCACCAUAAGCUUUCAGCUUCAGCCAAACAAUUCCUCAGCAGUUUCAAUAUCAGGAGGGGAGCCUGAUUCAGAAGCCAUUGCGCAGAUGAAGGAAAUGAUUUACCGGGCGGCAGCAUUCCGGCCGGUGAAUUUCGGGACGGAGUUAAUGGAGAAGCCGAAAAGGAAAAACGUGAGGAUAUCAAGUGAUCCGCAAACAGUGGCGGCAAGGCAAAGGAGGGAAAGAAUCAGUGAAAGGAUUAGGGUUUUGCAGAAGCUGGUUCCAGGAGGAAGCAAGAUGGAUACAGCAUCAAUGCUGGAUGAAGCAGCAAAUUAUCUCAAGUUUCUCAGGUCACAAGUUAAAGCAUUAGAAGCCUUAGGAGGUAGCCACAAGAAUAAUAAUGGUACUACUAACACUGUUAAUGAGUUUGCCAGUUUUUCUUCCCUCCCAUUCAACCACUCAUUUCCAGUGCUGACAUCUCAGUUUCCCAUCCACACCCCUAAUUAUGUUUUUCACAACCACCCAAAAAUUUGAGAUUUUUUUUUUUUUUCUCUUCUUGUUCUAUCUAUCUACUAUAUUUCUAGCUAGCUAGUUAGCUAAUUCUAUUAACCUCACAAAAUAUUUCACUAAGAGUAUGCAAGAACUCUUUGUAUUUAGUAUUUUGUUUUCAUUAAUUGAUGACUCCAAAAAUGAGAGAUGUUAUUUUCUUUUGGGAGCCAUUUUUAUUGAUCAUGUUUAUUGAUGAUCAUUGGAAGAAG